UGAACUGGUACCGCAUACCUUACCUAGGUAGCUUCCAGUCGCACUCUGCCCAUUCCCCAAGUCUCGAGGGUUGUCAAUUGGAAGAAGCCCCUGGCUCUACCCUCGGCUUUAUGUUCUCUCGCGUAGCGCUCCUAGCACGUCAUCUGUCAAGACCGGCACUCUGCUCAUCCCGUAUACCAGCGUCAGCCUCGGCAUUGCGGCAGGGAGGCGGUGCGAAUUCAAUCAUGGCUUCCGGUAUCUCCGCAGAUCAGCGUGACUCGAGGACCAUUAACACGGCAGCAUGUCUCAUCAUCGGCGAUGAGGUGCUCGGAGGAAAGACAGUAGAUACGAAUUCGGCUUAUAUGGCCAAGUGGUGCUUCUCGCUAGGUAUUCAACUGAAGCGGGUCGAGGUCAUAUCAGACGACGAGAAUGAGAUCAUCGAAGCCGUACGCCGGAUGAGCGACCGCUACGACUUUGUUGUCACUAGCGGAGGCAUUGGCCCCACGCACGAUGAUAUCACCUAUGCGUCUAUCGCCAAGGCGUUUGGACUCCCGCUUGUCCUCAAUCAGGAGGCUUUUGAGCGGAUGAAGAGAUUGUCCAAGCCUCACCCGUCCCAGCCCAACUUCAAUUGGGACGAGGAAUCACCCGCGAGGACUGCUCGGCUUCGGAUGGUCCAAUUGCCCACCGAUAGCGCCAGGGACCCCAAGACCCAGUUUCUCUUUCCACGGGAGGAGCUAUGGGUUCCUGUGGCCGUCGUCAAUGGGAAUGUCCACAUCCUCCCGGGCAUUCCGAGCCUCUUUGAGGCACUCAUUGAUGCUGUGAAGCCAUCCAUCAUCCACCGGCUGAUAGACCCCGACGGCAAAGGUAUUGCCAGGGUGCUGAUCUCGACGCCGUUGCCCGAGAGCGCAGUCGCCGAAUAUUUGACUCAGCUAGCAGCCGCAGUCGAGCCGAAGGGUGUCAAGGUCGGGAGUUACCCUCGAUGGGGGAAGAAAAGUAACACGGUGACUCUGGUCGGACGAGACCACGCCUUCUUGGAAAGUAUCAUUCCAGAGGUAGAGAAGAAUGUCCAGGGCCGCCGCGUUAUUGUCGAAGGCGAAGAUGACGACCUCCCAGAUCACUGAAAUAGAAGUCGCUUUGGGGGCGAGCAGAGUAGCAGCCAACAGGUAGUAGCAAGCAAGUAGUAACUAGAUUCCGGCGCUGAACUUCUGAACGUGGGUGGUUAUCAUUUCUGACUGACUGGAGCUUUGAGAAGUCGCAAAUUACUUUUGUUUCUCCCGAAACGAGCCAAUCUCUCAACCAUUCAUCCCAUGGUUCUGCAAGCGAUUCGGGCUUUUGGCUUGAUGACCCAGGCGGGGCGGCCACAAAUGUGACGCCAAUCCCUGUAUUUGCUAAUGAGUCUGUGGAGUGUGGAUCUCUCGUUGUUCUGGAAAGAUUGAUGGCGUCUUGUUCCCCAUUCCUUGCUACUCCAUCCCUACCAGUUACCUACCUAGAUACGGAUCUGUACAUACUUACCUAUGUAAUUAGUAGGUAGCUGAAUCCACACUACAUAGGCUGGUAGGAUAACUGCUAAUAGGCGGCAAAUCCCGUUUAUUGAGGAUAAUUAG